AUGAACUCUACGCAUUGGCCAGAGAACUCUUUCGAGGACAGAUCCUCCGUGGCUUAUGGUGUGGUAGCGUUCUUGCUUUUCUUAUCGACGAUCAGUGUUUCUCUGCGUUUAUGGACUCGUAAAAUGAUCCACCAGUUUGGGGUCGAUGACUGGGCAGCACUGUUGACACUGAUUCUGAUAAUUGCCUGCGGCAUCAGCAUUACACAGAUGACAAGAUAUGGGCUAGGAAGACACGGUUGGGCUCUAUCACUCGAUGAUCGAAUUCUCUAUCAAAGGUCAUUCUUCGUGUCACUCGUUCUCUAUGUUGUCACUCUUGCGGUAGUAAAGCUCACAUUUCUUCUUCAAUACUACCGCAUAUUGUCAGUUUCGAGAAUGAGACACAUCUACAUGGUAAUGAUUGUUCUGGUAAUCAUUUGGGGCAUUACGCAGGCCACGUUUGCAUUGGUUGCGUGCAUCCCCCUCGAAGGGUUCUGGGAUCCGAGAGUCCAGGCAAAAUGCAUUCCAAAUGCGCAUAUUGCCUGGUAUAUCAGCGCACUUUUUAACAUCCUGAGCGACAUCAUCAUCCUAGUCCUGCCCAUUCCUGUUAUACGCAAACUCAAUCUCCCCGGGUCGCAAAAAGCCUUCCUCAUUGGCAUUUUCAGCCUCGGGUUCUUAACAGUUGCAAUUUCCGCUCUGCGUAUCAAAUUUCUCACUCUCCGGCCAGAUCCCACGUGGUCAAACUUCGAUCCUACUCUUUGGUCACUCGCAGAGUUGUCUUCAGCAAUCACUUGUGCUUGUCUUGCAACUCUGAAACCGCUUGUAACCAGACUUGGCAACUGGUUCUCCAGACCAACGAACACCGAGAGUGUGGCUCAGAUGGCCGAAACAGAAGACAACAUCAACAAGUUGUUUCUUCUGGAAGGCCUACUCACGUUGGUGAUUGGGAUAUGGUCAGUAUUCGUCAUGGUGCCGUCCCCCACACAGACAAAGGCACCUUGGCGACCCAAAGGAUGGUUCACCGAGCAUGAAGAGAAGAUUAUGGUGAAUCGGAUCCUACGGGACGAUCCUUCGAAGAGCGACAUGCACAACCGCCAAGCAAUAACCUUGAAGAUGCUUUGGGAGUCACUAUGCGAUUACGACUUGUGGCCGAUCUACAUCAUCGGUCUUACAUUCUCUAUUCCUGCUGGUCCACCUGACCAAUAUCUCACGUUAAGUUUAAGACAAUUGGGUUUUGAUACAUUCGACACCAACCUUCUCAGUAUACCUUGUCAGGUUGCGACGACUAUCAACAUGCUGAUCUUGACCUGGAUCUCGGAGAAAGUCAACCAGAGAGCCUUGCUUGGCGUCUUUGUCGAAGUAUGGUUGCUCCCCUGUGUUAUUGCCCUUGCAGUGAUUCCUUCCGAUGUCAGCAGAUGGGCCACAUAUGCUUUGGUCGUCGUACUAUUGUCUUACCCCUCUCCUCACCCCAUGCAAGUUGGCUGGGCGAGUCGCAACUCCAACACUGUUAGAACAAGGACAGUCUCAGCCGCACUCUAUAACAUGUCUGUUCAGCUACAAUCCAUUAUCAGCGCCAACAUCUACAGACGAGACGACCGUCCAGAGUAUCGUCGCGGAAACAGGGUGCUUGCGGGAGUUGCUAGUCUCAAUAUAGUGAUCUACGCGACCGCGAAGCUUUACUACGUCUGGAGGAAUAAGCAGCGAGACCGGAUUUGGGACGCCAUGUCACAGGAGGAGCGCCAGCGAUACCUCGAUACUACCGCAGACAAGGGUAGCAAGAGGCUGGAUUUUCGAUUCGCGAGCUGA